AUGAUCGGGGGUGGAGAUGGAGAUGGGGAUGGAGCUGGAGAUGGAGAUGGAGAUGGAGAUGGAGAUGGAGAUGGAGAUGGAGAUGGAGAUGGAGAUGGAGAUGGAGAUGGAGAUGGAGAUGGAGAUGGAGAUGGAGAUGGAGAUGGAGAUGGAGAUGGAGAUGGAGAUGGAGAUGGAGAUGGAGAUGGAGAUGGAGAUGGAGAUGGAGAUGGAGAUGGAGAUGGAGAUGGAGAUGGAGAUGGAGAUGGAGAUGGAGAUGGAGAUGGAGAUGGAGAUGGAGAUGGAGAUGGAGAUGGAGAUGGAGAUGGAGAUGGAGAUGGAGAUGGAGAUGGAGAUGGAGAUGGAGAUGGAGAUGGAGAUGGGAGAUGGAGAUGGAGAUGGAGAUGGAGAUGGAGAUGGAGAUGGAGAUGGGAGAUGGAGAUGGAGAUGGAGAUGGAGAUGGAGAUGGAGAUGGAGAUGGAGAUGGAGAUGGAGAUGGAGAUGGAGAUGGAGAUGGAGAUGGAGAUGGAGAUGGAGAUGGAGAUGGAGAUGGAGAUGGAGAUGGAGAUGGAGAUGGAGAUGGAGAUGGAGAUGGAGAUGGAGAUGGAGAUGGAGAUGGAGAUGGAGAUGGAGAUGGAGAUGGAGAUGGAGAUGGAGAUGGAGAUGGAGAUGGAGAUGGAGAUGGAGAUGGAGAUGGAGAUGGAGAUUAUUCAAUCCUCUCACAAACCUUCACAAAUCUCACCCACCUCCACAAUCACUCAAACAACCCCACCACGCCCAUCACUGCACUCCACCACCCCCGCCAUCAAAUAA